UUGUUGGUCAUUAAACCCACCAUACAUAUAUUUUCUCCCUUCCUUUUCUAGGCUUUCGUCCGACACUGGCUUUUAACCCAUCAAAACUAAUCGAACAAACAAAAUGGCAAGCUUGAGAAGAGGUUUGAUCACAGCCCACCGAGCUCUCAAAUCCAGCAACUCCAUCUCACCCACUCAGACCCUUCUCAGGCCUCGAUAUUGUAGUGGCUUAGUUCAGCGCUCUUAUUCUACUGAUAACACCAGCAAUCUACAUAUCGACCUCUCUAAUGAAGAGAGCAAACGGCGGUUAUGUAAUAGGUUAUUGUACAGGAGCAAACAGAGAGGGUUCUUGGAAUUGGAUUUGGUUCUGGGUAAAUGGGUGGAGGAUCAUAUUCAUUCCAUGGAUGAAAAUGGAAUUAAAUCUCUUGUGGAUGUUCUUGACCUGGAAAAUCCUGAUCUAUGGAAGUGGUUAAGUGGCCAGGAGCAACCACCUGAGGCACUCACAACUAAUCCGGUUUUCACUGCAGUGCGCAGCAAGGUUACAAACAACCUGGACAGCUAUGCUGCUCCUGAGACACGAGCCGCACCCGGGAACCCAUGGGUUAGAGGAUGGGAUGAUAUAAAGAAAUAUCAGGGCGGUCCCAUAACUGGGAACCAGUAGUUCUGUCAUUUCUUGUACAAGUUAAAUUUCAUACGGUGUGUUCAUUUGUGACGACUUAGGGAAGAAAAAUACUUAUUGGAAUUAGCCAUGCCUAGUCUUUACUAAUAAAACCAAGAGGUAUGGCAGGCAUUAUCUCCCUUGGUUCUUAUUUUCUGGUGUAGCCCUUGUUUCUCAUUUUGUCAAGACCCCUAUGUUAUAAACUUAUAAACAAUACUCUCUCUCAGUUUGUGUC